AUGGGCCCCCGUACCGCCUCCUCAUGCUGCUGCCAGGCCCGUAAUGUGCCAUGGGCCCCCGUACCGACUUCUCAUGCUGCUGCCAGGCCCGUAAUCUGUCAUGGGCCCCUGUACCGCCUCCUCAUGCUGCUGCCAGGUCCAGAGUGUCUCAUGGGUCUCUGUACGGCCUCCCAUUGCUGCUGUCUCCAUCGCCACACUCUGCUAUGUGCCACUUUCAGGUCUCCUCACACUGCUGGUGGGUUCCAUUUUGUCAUAGGGUGCUGUAUGGCCUCCCAUUGCUGCUGCCUCCACCGCCACACUGUGGCUCCACACUCUGGUUUUGGCCCCGUGACUGCCCAAAUGAGUGAAGUGUGCGGUGAUUCUAAGAUCGACGGCACUCAUCUGCAUGUCAUACUGACUGACAGUAUUAUUUCUCUUCCCCAGCAGACUCCAAGGGCAUUUAAAUUAAGGGUACAGUGUUUUGCACUAAUAUAA